GGCAAGCAAAGCUAGUGUGUCUACUAGCGUGUCUUCAUCGGUUUUGCAAGCUGCCCCGUGCCGGUGUAACGCGUUUUUGCACCGACGAGGCAGCAGGCAGCCUCGCUGGAUGGUGCCAUGGCCGCCAUUGCUGCUCCUGCUCGCGCGCGCCACGCCGCUGCCGACGGCGCACAACGCGUUUUGGGGGAGCGUUUUGAGCAGAGCGCGCUUUGAGCAGAGCGCGGCGCUUGACGCGUUUUGCGGCGAGGCCUUCGACGAGGCGCGCUUCGUCGACCGGACGCGGCUGUCGGGGGGUGUCGUGCUGGCCGUCGACGCGGCCACGGACGCGCAGACGCGACGGCCCGUGGUCCUGAAGCGGGCCCCCGAAGGCAUGGCGAUUCACCUCGCGAACGAGCUCCUCCCGAGCCUGCUGAACGUGUCCGGCGCGCACGUGAUGACCGCGGCGGCGUGCUUCCGCGGCGGCGUGCUUGACGGCGUGUCCUCCCGCGUCGCGACGUACGAGCGGAUGGACGGCACCUUGAAGCAGCUCCUGGACCGGCCCCCGCGGGAGGCCGACGCGCGCCUAAACUACGAGACGCACGCCUGCUUUGCGUUGCAGAUGAUGCACCAGACGCUCGUAGGCCUCGCGGCGACGCACGCCCGGGGACUCGUCAACCAGGACCUGCACGCCGGCAACCUGCUGAUGCGGCGCGAGGGGAACUACCUGAGGUGGCGCGUCGCGGACUUUGGGCGGGCGUGCCUCGUGAACGCGAGUUGCGCGCAGCGGCCCGGCACGCAGGGGAUCGCGCCCGAGGCGGGGCACGUGCCGCUCACGCCGGCCUCCGACGUCUGGAGCGCGGGGGUCAUGUUCCUGCUCGUUCGGUGUUUUGCGUUUGAAAUGUGGCACAGAAACGGCCACAGGGCGCACAGGGAUUGGAUGAGUAGGCUGAAUCGAGCGUACGGGGAGGCGGCGGCGGCGGCGGCGGCGCGCGCGCGGAGCGCCGCCGCGCGAGUGCCGAUCCCCACGGAGCGAGAGAGACAGGCGUUUGAGAACGCGGCUGCGGCGGCCGCCCGGGCCCGCGCCGCGCCGCCCGCCGCCUGGGACAACUUCACGAGCUUGCUUGACAUGCUACCGAAACGAUGCGCGCCCCUCGCGCAACACGCAGGACACGAGGCUCCGCGGGAGAACGUCCUGCUCGCGGCGAUGCUGGCCCUGCGCUGGGAAAAGAGGCCGUCCGCGUCGUGGCUCGCGGUCGAAUUCGCGGACCUGGUGCGGCGGCGGUGCCUGCGGGCCAGAGAGCCAGGGAAGUCAAAUGUCACGCAGAUCCCGCGGCGGCCGGGUGACCUCGAGGCCGUGGUAAAGCGCAUGGCCGCCGACGGCUUCGUCAAAAAUCGCGACGCGCGAGGCUCGUACUACUCAAGACCGGGCGAUGCGACGAUGUACCGGUCCCGGGCGGAGGUCGCGCAGCGGCUUUAUCUCGACGGGGGAUAAUGUAAAAUGCGCGUUUCUG